AUGAACUCGACAAGCUUACACAUCAUUCAAAGAGAUAGGCUCUUCGAAGGCAUCAUCCUUUCAGUCUCCUAUGAAAUGGAAAAUCGUCCCUCGAAUUACAUCUCACACGAGACUUUUGCGUGUAAAGUAGACGGAGAGUUAUGGGCGGUUAGCUCUCUCAAUCUUCGUGGUGAGCUUUCAGUAGUGCCUCCAGACAUUCUAGAUGAUAUGAAGAGGAAAGAAGGCAUGCUGAGCUUCGGUAAGUCGCCAGAUUUGACUGAUGACAGAGGACGGAUUGUAUACUGUUUCACCAGGAUGAACCAACUUCUAAUCAAUCACCUUCUUCCUUCGAAAGGUUUACGAAAGGAUUCUCUUGUAGGCAUACGUUGCCUUCAGGUCAGAAACCAUAUUGUUCCCCUUGAUGCUGGUGUGACUCCUUUGAAAGCCAAAAGCUCCCUGGACACGGUGGAUACGCUGGAUAAGCCGAGGAUUCCAGAGGAUUUCGUUGACGUUAAGGAAGAGGAUACAAUUGAGGUGGAGCUUUUGGCAACAUACAAGCCGCCUAAACAGUAUGAGCUAAUACUGUCUGGAAAUAUGGUGAAAAGCGGUUCAUCUUUGAAGGAUUUCGUUAAACUUGACCUCAAGCAGACCGAGACAUUUUUUUGUACCUGUCAAGGUGACAUCUCCAUGAACCACAUUACUAUUGUUCUAGAGGAGCAUCUUAGAUAUCAACACAUAGCGCUGAAGGAGGGUUGUGUAUCCGAGGAAGUUCGGACGGUGGUGUUGAAAGACUCAAGCAUCAACAACUUCAUCUCCCAUUCUGACUUCAAAGAAUUCGGAACUGGGUUUUUGCAUUCCCCAAAUGUGUCAUUGUACGAUUGCAGCCUCCCAAAUAUUGGGCCCACCUACAGUUCGAACAAAUGCACUCGGAGUUAUGCCCUUCGAUUCAAUAUCGAUCUAGAAUGUGGAUUGGGGAAGUGUUCGAAGCAUAUUUCUACAGUCAUGGAUAUUGCAGUUGCCACACAGGUUCAUCUGGCACAGCCCGUUUUCCAAGUUCAGAAGAAGCAAGACGUGAUGUUGCUUGAAACAUUUGAAUUAGACUCUUAUCUUGCUCAGAAUGCCAUACAGUAUUGCCUGCAGAGGCAAGAAGAGAUGGAAUUGGACUGUAUUAGCUAUCAUCUCUCCUCUGUUGUUGAAGACGAAAAGGCUUUGGUGAUAGCCACCUUACAUACAACGAACUUCUAUGACUUUCAAGAAGAACAGAAGGUAAAUGAGAUAGAGUCAAACGAAGGUCUAGCCUUAUUUCCAAAAAAUGGGCUGUGGACAGUCAAUGAAGCCUUGUUGACUACUUCAAACGCUGGCAUUCCAGGACGGAUGUUCGAAGUUUCAAGAUUUGUGAAUGUUUUUGAUGAAUUUUCAUUCUCAAACGACUAUGGUUCCAAAGAUGAUCGUUUUUCCUUCCUGUGUGAUUAUCGAAAAGCACUUAUGGCUGGACCUGGAAUGACUCUCGAUCCAAGUAUCGCGUUUAGAUUCACUUCAAGUUACCAUCCCGUUAUGAUAUACUUUGAUAAUCUUGAAGUUAUUCUUGGUCAGCAAACUGUGGGGUUCAACAAGACUUGCAGGGAAGCUUUCCACAAAGAGUACGAGUUGCAUAGCAAGAAUGGCAAACGCCUUAGUUUCCGAGAAGUUGAGGAUAACGGGCAGAAGGACUUCAUUUUUGAAGGAUUACUUGAAGGCUGCGAGAUCCCGAAUGUCAUGCCCUCCACCCUUUCCGACUGUUAUCACAAGGGCUAUAAACUCAAUCUUAGCAUUGAGGCACAUGGAGUUGCAGUGGGCUCGGGUGGUUAUUUGGAGAGGAUUGAUUGUAAACUCUCGGAGAGCAUUGAUAUCCUUAUGGACAUCAACGAGUGUUACCGUCUAAUGACAAAAGAAGGACACGUAAAAACCUAUAUUUCUUAA